GGUCCAUUAACGCUUAGAGAUGAUCCUGAUGGUUUUUAGUCACAGAAUUCUGAGGGGAGUGUUUCAGCUAAAUGGCCUCACAGGUUGUCAAAGCCUGACCAAACAAAGGGCCAUCUGUUUUUUCCCCUUGAAGCAACAUUUUCAAAACUUGCAUGUGCAGGUUGGAGACCGGGCUGAACUCACCAAGACCUUUACCCAGAGAGAUGUUUUUACAUUUUCAGAAUUAACAGGGGAUGACAACCCAUUGCACUUGAGUGAAGAGUUUGCAAAACAGACGAAGUUUGGAAAGACCAUUGUGCAUGGAGUUUUGAUCAGUGGACUUAUUUCUGCUGUGCUGGGCACUAAAAUGCCUGGGCCGGGUUGUGUAUUUCUUUCACAGGAAAUUAGCUUCCCAGCCCCUUUAUAUGUUGGAGAAGAAGUCUUAGCUGCUGCAGAAGUGAAGAAACUGAAGCGAUCCAUUGCUUUCAUUUCAGUGUCUUGCUCUGUAGUUGAAAGUAGAAAGACCGUAAUGGAAGGCCUGGUUAAAGUUAUGGUCCCAGAACGUCUAAUCUCUUGAAAGCACAUUCUAGAAUAAACAUUUUUUGUGUACGCAGAUUAGUUCCAACCAGA